AUGGCGGCGAGACGCCCUACCUCCGCAUCGCCGUAUGAAGGCAUAGAGUCAGGCCUGCAGAUCAUCGAGGUGGCAGCUCUUAGCACGGCGGCGCUGGUGCAGGUGGCGGUGCUGAUGUCGACUGCGGGCCAGGCGCAGCGACGGCGACCAGCAGCCGUGGACACUACCGCCCUGGCGCUCGCUACACAGGGGAGGCAGCAGCAUCAGCCACAGCAGGCGCGAGCGCUUGCGCCGCAGGUCGCGGUGGCCGACCUGGCGGCAGUGCUGCCCGCACCCUCGGCCCUGGCGCCCCUCCAGGGCUUUGCGCUGGUCGUGGCGGUCAUGUGCAGCGCCAUCCUGCGGCGGUUGCAGGGCGCCAGAGCCCUGCUGCGCGGCUUGCCAACCGUGGAUGCAGCGGCGCGUCUGCUGCGCUUGGAGGGGGAGCUGCAGCAGCAAGCGGCGGCAGCAGCACUCGCCAGCCGCCAGCUCGACAAGCUGCAGGCUCGGGUGAGGCUGUCCACUGCAGACCUCAAGUCACCGAUACGACAGCUGCAGGACGCUGGCGCGGCGCAGGCAGACGUGGCAGUGCGCCUGGCCGAGCAGCAGUCUGCCCUGGCGCGACAGGUGUCCGGCCUGGAGGAGGUUGUCGCGGCGCUGCAGGGCGUGGGGGCGCGUCAGUUCCAGGUGUGCAUUGACGCGCUGGGAGUGCUCAAGCAGCAGCAUGCCACGACGGCGGAGCGCCAUAUACAGCAGCUGGUCAAGGUGCAGCAGCAAGUGGCGGUGCUGAGCGAUGGCAUGGCACGCGUGCAGGCGCAGCUGCCGCAGCAGCAGCAGCCUUAUCCCAGUCGGGCACCUGCGGGGAUCGGCACCGCCGUCAGGCUCAACGGCAACGGCAAAGGGGGUGUGGAGAGCAGCGCGGCAGUGCACACCCCUGACCCCUGGCUGAAGCCCUGA